CUAGUGCAGCAGUGCAGGAAUAAAAAACAGACCCUUUGUAUCAGCUGAUGGUAUUUGUGAUGUUUCCAUCUUCACUCUUGUUUGAAUGCUUCUAAAAACAGUAACAAUGAACAAUAUGCCGCAAAUGUUAAGCAAACUAGUCAAUACAAUGUAUUACUUUAGAUGCAAUAAAUUUGUACCAACUUUCUCGGUAAUAAGAAAUAUAGCUACUGUGAAACGAUUUUAUAGAAGAACGAAUAUACUUUCGAGUGGCGACAAAUUUGAGAUUACAUUGGAUCAGAGGAAGUUGAAGACACCGCAGGGUAGGGUAUUUGAAGUAAACAGCAAACCUCUAGCUUUAGCAGUGGCUGCUGAAUGGGAUGCGCAGAAGGAGACUAUCGACAGAGGAAGUAUGCAUUUGACAUCUUUGUGCAAUACUGUAUUGGACAACCCACAUAAUUAUACUAAGAUAGAUUUGGUCAAUCAUAUAGUGAACUCUUUAGAAAUGGAUACAAUUUUAUUUCAUUCAAGUGAAGUGGAUGAAUUAUAUCAGUUACAAGUUGAAAAGUGGGAGCCUAUAGUUCAAUGGUUUUGUAAAUAUUACGAUGUAGAUAUUGCAAGAACUCAGAGUAUAGAAAUGCCUACUAUAUCUGUAGAAACCAAAGCUGCUUUAACGAGGCAUUUAUUGUCCUAUAAUUUUAACAGUAUUUAUGGUAUGUGCAAUUUUGUAAAGAGAAAUGAGAGUAUCCUUUAUUCAUAUAUUAACUAUUAUCUGCACAUAGGUCUUGUAUAUGCAGUGGAUGGAUUGAAAUCGGUUAUUCUGACCCUUGCAACAGCUGCAAGAGUAAUUAACGUCUUGGAAGCUGUAAAUCUUUCACGACUAGAAGAAGAAUAUCAGAUCUCUCACUGGGGUAAUGUGGAAUGGCAUCAUGAGUAUAGCAGACACGAUUUACAGGCGCGUCUAUCGGCGGCAAUGUUAUUUGUAUACUUGAACUCUCAUUCCGCUAGUUCACGACUCAAACACGACGUCCCUAAUGUAAGCUAGUCCUACUUUGAUUAUUAAAGAACCAUUACGUCAAUAGAUAUAAAAUUUAUAAGAACAACCUGUUUACUGUAAUAUAACAUUGUCUAUAACAUCGAUUCCGAUCAAAUUACUCCCUUAAUGCUAAUUAAUUAGAGCUGGGAGAAAUCUUUUAUACGCGUCCAGAGGAUUAUUUUUCGAUGAAUCAGACAGGAAUGGAACAAUCAGGUCCAACCCAUUCUUUUGUACAAAUACAGCUGAAACAUUGAUGAACAAUUACAUAAUGUUAUGUUAUAUGAAUAACUUUUAUAUAGAUUGUUCCAAAUCUUGCUUUCUUUUUCACGUAAGAAUAGAAUUUGAUUUUUUGUACAUUACCUAUACGAUGCUCCAUGAUGCAAACACACCGCACCGUUUUUGCACGAGUGGCGAAUGCAUUCGUUGCGAUUGCAUUCGCCAACGCCGCGGCCGGUGGCAGGACUGGAACCGGUCAAUGGAAGAAUUGAAGUAUCUGUGCGUAAUUCGACGUCGAAUAUGCAUCCGGAAAAGCCGGUAUGAAGAGGUAGAUCGUGCGGUAACGUCUCAA